AUGUCUUUAAGCGGAGCCCCCCCUGCAGGUUGGCCUGGAUUGUAUCAUUUUGAGAUACGAGAAACCAUACCUUGUCCCUAUAGACCACGUCCGAUCACGAGGACAAGAGGCCAAGACUUCCCCUCACAGCGCAUGCACUUCUGGUUCGAGGUCGUAAGAUUUAACUUUUGUUGGUGGGAGAAAAAUCACACUUUGAUCAAAGAGGAAGGUGUGAUUAAUCUUGGACGACUGCUGCAAAAAAUUGGAAAUAAAGGAGUGUUGCUCAACCGCCACUCGGCGAGCAUUGAUUGUGAUGUACGACAAACAGCGGCGAGCAAACCUUUCAGGAUUGAAGAGACAAUGCGCACACGGCAUCUUGCUGUUGGGCGAAGACAUCACAGAGUGGGCAAUUGGAUCUGUGAUACAAGCAAUUGGGAUACAUCGGCGUUGUUAUGGCUGGACCAGCGGUGA